GUAAAGAUUGAUGAUUUAAGGUUGAUAUAAUAGAUAUUGGAUUUUAAAGCAUACUAUUAAAGGUUAGACUGAAGCAAUCAAUACUGAUUCUAUAAUUAUCAGUCUGAAUUGGAAUAGAAGUAUGAUCGAUGGUAGAUAGAAGAAAUCUAGUUUGCCAGACUUAAUUCCCCCGUGCCACGCACCUCCCGUGUAAUCCAAGAUGGUGGACUUCCAGUCUCGCUUCCGGAUGUACAGCUAUGGGUUCACUAGCCCGGAACGAAAAAUCCCUGUGGCGACAAGGAGAGAACUCUACCAUGACACCGCCCCGCUAAUCUUCAAACGAAGACCUCAAACACAUGAUUGCCGCGUGGAGACCGUCAAGGAGCACGAGGAUAAGCGAGACUGGGAGGCGUGGCUUCUGUCACGUGGUUUAGAGGACACGUGCCGUAGUGUUGACCUUCUUCAUUACAAGGAGAUUACUGAUAAGCCCGGGGAGGGAGGAAAGCGAAAGCCAGACAAACUUAUUAUCAGGGUCGGUCUGAAGGGUUCUGGUGACGGAGACUUUGUCUAUCCCAGGGGUCUCACGUCCACACUGGACGGUGAUAUCAUAGUGGCAGACACAGGCAAUAACCGCAUACAAAUCUUCAACAAUUAUGGCGUGUUUAAGAAGAAGAUUGGGGCCAAAGGCUCCGGUAAAGGACAGUUUGACGAACCAACAGGAGUCACUGAGCUGCCAAAUGGUGAUAUUGCUGUUGCUGAUAAGAGCAACAAGCGUGUCCAAGUUUUCGAUAAUACGUAUGCAUUUAAGUACGAGUUUCCAACUUGUAGCAAACCGUAUGCUAUAGCAAGUGACCAAGAAUUCAAUAUUGUUGUUUCCACGAUGAACAGAACGGUUGAAGUCUACAGGAGAGGAGGGAAAUUGAUGUACAACUUUCCAGUAGGUGCAAAACAGAAGGCACCAAGCGGUUUCAAUAUAACACUGAACAACAAAGACGAAGUCAUCGUCAGCGACCCUAUGGACAGUAAAGUCAAAUUCUUUACCUACUCUGGAAAGGUGCUUUACAAAUUUGAACCAGUUUCUAACAACGAAGGGCUCGCUGUGAUGCCAAGUGGAGUUGCUAGAACCUCUCUGGAUCAAUUUGUGGUCGCUGAUUCCCUGAACCACACUGUCAACUUGUACACAGAAAGGGGAAUUCUGCUGCAGCAAAUACUCUGCCCAACAGACGACAUUGGAACGGUCCAGGCAUGCGCAUUGGGACCGGAAGGUCACCUGAUUACUCUUGAGUAUAGCAUUAUGGGACAGCAUAGUUUGAAAAUAUUCAGGUACAGACCAUGUGACUGCCAUGCGAGUAGACCAAACUCAAGUAAGCGAAGAACGCCAACACCACAAACGUCUUAGAUAAGAUAUUCACCAAAGAGUGUUGGGGGUAUGAAACAGUUCACAAAAUGAAACACUGUUAAGUGUAAUAAUAAUUUAACUAUUUUUAGACGAUGGUGUUAAACUUAAGCAUUUUGCAAGUGCAAUUGUUUAUCUGUGAUAAAGAAUAUGAUUGAAUAACACAUGGAAAGUAUCACACGAACAAAGUGUGCCCAUGUUUUGACUGCAUUUACUAAUUAUAUAUUUAUUUAUGAUGUAAAAUAUUCAACUGUAUGAACUCUUUUACUCUGUGAUAGUCAACAUUUAAUUAUAUUAUUAACUUGAUACUUUUUUAUUUAUUGUAGUUACUAUUUAAAAGAACAGAAUCUUAUGAAACUG